AUGGAGUUGGUCCAGUGCUUACUUGUUAAUGAUAGUUGCCGGGAUAAAAUAGAUUCUGAGAUAUUUGACGCAAAAGUCAAGAACUCAGAUAGCAUUAGCUUUGAAAAUUGUGAGCUUGCGUCCAUUCCAAGUGAAAUUCUGACUUUUACUCAACUGCAGCGUCUCUCACUUUAUGGUAAUCAGAUUUGUUCGUUGCCGGACAUCUUUUUCUACUCCUUUCCCCAAUUGACCUGGUUGGAUCUUCGUUUUAAUUUUCUUUCUGCCAUUUCUCGGGCCGUCAAAAAUUUGCAAAGGAUUAAGAACCUUCUCAUUGGGCACAAUAAAAUAGAGAGGUUGUGUUUGGAACUCGGAGGAAUUGAAAGUCUUAUGGGGCUUAAUAUUGAAGGGAAUCCUCUCCUAUUCCCCUCUAGAAAUAUCAUUAAUAAGGGGUCAAAGUAUGUUUUGCAGUAUCUCAAAGAGUGCUAUGCAAGGCGGACGCAGUUGGAGAAGUCAAGGGGUCGUAUCCGGGCGGCACCAUUUGGUGUGAACGCUGAAGCUACAUUCAUUAUCUCAUCUCUAGAGUUGGCAAAACUGAAAACAGCAGCUUGUCCUGCCAUUUCGUCUGAUCCGCCUCCACGACCUCGAAGUGAAAGGUUCAUUCUCCAACUGGAGGAGGAUAGACGACUCAGGGACAACACUCUUAUCGAUGAGAUCAACGAACAGGUCUACUUAUUGGGUGCGAAAAUGGACAAUCCAUGUCUACCCAAGAGUUUGACUGAUGCCAAAAUAGAUUUGGUUAAUGCAUUGAAACUGCAACUGAAAAUAAGAAAUCGUCGUGAUGUACUCACCCAACUAAAACCUGGAACUAAUCCAACGGCUUUCAUGGAGUAA